CCAGGAUGGACUUCACGGCUUCGUCUGGAGACGGCGGCGGAACGUUAAGUCAACUCCUGGACCCAUUACGAGAGCUGAGUGUCGAGUUGGAUUUGGCAAGUGAACUGGAGGAGUAUCUUCAAUUGAUCAACGUUGACGAGAGUGUCCUCGUCAACUUUGCGCAGGCCGCGCUUCUCGUGCAGCAAUCCAGUGCGCUGUAUAGCAAGAAGGUCGAGCACUUGUACACGUUGGUGCUGGAGACGUUGGCGCACUUGCAAUCCACGGACGUGCGUGACCCGUCCCGAGCAAGCGGCAAGCAAGCCACCAAGAAACAAAAGACCAACCAGGGCAAAGCCACUUCGACGGCGGUCCAUGGUGACGACACGACACUGACGAUGGCAGACAUGCGGGUCGAAGCGAACCAAAUCAACUGGACCGUGCGCACCCAUGUCGAGGAAAGUUCCAAGAUCGACCUGCCCGCGCCGAACGUGACGCUGCAGAAGCGCCGCGACAAGUCCACCACCACCAAGACGUUCCAGGCGUCGAUGGUCAUGAUGGGGUCGUUUGUGUCGACAGACCAUGACUCGGGCGAAAGUUUAAAGCUCAAGUCGUGCCGCAUCGACCCAGAGACUGGGGCGUUGUACUUGGACGACAGCAGCAAGGAUCUGCUGGGGUAUCCAAGGGACACAGCUUCGUUGCCACUUGCUGCUGCUGCUGCCACGUCAUUGGCGCCGCCACGGCUGGCGGUACUCACGCCAGUCCGCGAAGAGGACAGCGACACCACCAGCACCAGCGUCCGGCUCUCGCAAGAGUUUAAUACGCAGCAUGAAACAGAUGAAGGCGAUCUUGCCAACCUCCCCGACUUUGGUUGGAAUGAUGCCGACUUGAACGAAGGGAAUGGAAUGCAAGGCAAAUAUGAAGAAGGGACCACUGCCAAGGAAGACCAUCACCGUUUGUCCCCUUCUCGACCUAUCCAAAGUACCGAGAUAUCUCGAUAUGACCUUGUCCAACGCCACGAAAUCGACAUGGACGACGACAAGGACGAUCCAUGGACGUUGUUGGAUGCGUACGAUGCCACAGAUUGCAUCGUGAAACCCUUUCAAAAAGGUUCGACAUAUCGCGUGCGCCUGCCGAGUAUGGCCAAGUUCAACCUAGCUGCAAGGGCAAUCGAUCCGAUUUAUAUACCCGAAGCCCCACAGCUUCCUCGUACGACGACACGGCUGGACCGCCUGCGCCAUCAGUUGCUCUCGAAACCGUUCAAACUGUUCACUGCUACACCAUCAACGCCCUUGACCGUCGAAUACGCAAAGUGUUUUGCCAACCUACAGAACCCUCGCGCCAGUGCGUGGCAGUUUGGAGUCAAGCUAAAAGGUCAUAUCAAGGCAGAUGAAGCCAAAGAUAUAGCAAACGUUGACAAGAUGGACGACGGUGAUGGUGGUAUUGAGUUUGAAGAUGGCUACAACUACGACGACGAAGAGGACGACGACGAGAUGGCGCAUGACGUGCCGACGGUCAAGAAGAUCCGCCCAGGCACGUUGUCGGGUACUAGUCCGUCUGGUGACGAGGGCGACGACGAAGGGCGGGGGGUCUCCAUCGCACGCAACUUGGACUGGAACGAAGAAACCAACGAGUCAAGGCAAGGCAGUCCCCAGCACCCCCAACCAUCAUCCAUGUCGUACGAAGCGUUGUGCAAACAGCACAUUGAGCAAUUCAUGCGAGGCACCGAGCAAUACAUGAAGGAAACGGCCAUGUCAAAACUAGUCGCGGACUGGCAGCACAAGCUCACGCCUGUGUUGGACGACCAGGACCGACGCCCUCUGUUUGACAUCAAAGCCAGCGCCCAGACCAUUGUGCACAAACUGGAGCAACAGCAUCACCCCCACAAAGAUGCCACUCCCGUGGGGUUUGACCAGGUCGUGCAAGAUAUGUCCAGCUACGAGAUCUGCCGCAUCUUCUCGGCCGUGUUGCACUUGGUACGUUGGACAAGGACCUUUCUACAUGGCUAAUGCGUCGAGGCAGGCGAACGAAGGCGCGGUAGAGCUGCAUCACGACGAAAACGAUGACGAGAAUGAUGUGCAUGAGAGGAUGGACACGCUGCGGCUCACCAUGCUGACGCAGGAAGAAAGCUCGGCCAUGCCAGUGUCGCGGCGGCAUCACGCACCCAGAAAGUGAUGCUUGAUGAUACAAUGUGUCGAGUCUGGGUUGUAAAUACAUAUAUUAUAUAAAUUGAAGGAUAUUCACCAAACUGGAUGUUGACGACAAACAUACAAGAGUACCCGGGGUGUUUAAAUACAGAGUAGCUGGGUUGCGACUACUGGUCGACGGUCGUGGGAGGUGGUGCUUUCGCGGUGAACGAUUAGGACACGUGUCGCGGUCUUGUGGGUAGCAGUGGCAAUGUAAAUAGGGUGAACAUGGCUAGUCGCUGCGUGCCUUGAGCCAUGUGGUGUGUGUGGUUGUUGUAGGCGGUGGCUUGCGUGGACACGGGGGCAGCUCCACGCACGACACGUCUGAGUCCGGCAAAGCAUGGUGUCGAUGCUGUUGUUGCUGCAGCUUGGCCUCUUCGAAGAAACUCCGCAGCCUGCCGCUCACAUGCUCAAGGUAUAAAAAGUUGCUUUGGCAGUCCAACGAACAGUACGUGUUGGCGCAGACGCUGGUGUUGAGGAGGUACAUCUUCUUGCAGUUCUUGCACUUGCUCCGACGAGCCACGAUGCUUCCUGCUUGCCGCCCAGCGCGGGGCAUCGCCACUCGACACGCUUGCCACAUCUAGCGUGAAUUCAACUCUGCCACCUUGGCCAGCUAGCUAGCUCUUGGUUAUCGC